UCUCCUCCUCCCACCGUGCCGGGAGCCGCCGCCGCCUCUCCCCAGCGCCGGGCGCGCUGCGAUUCGGGUCACAACCGGCGGCCGUGGGCUUUUCCUCGUUUGUUUGGGUCUUUUGUGUGGCGGCUCACAGUUGGCUAAGCACGGCUAGGCUGAAUCGGGCUAUUGUUUGGGAUCCCGGAGCGUUCACGCCGCAGAUCUCCCCCCUCCCCUUUUUUUCCCCUUUCUUUUUUUCCGUUUUUUUUUUCUUUCUUUUUUUUUUUUUUUUUUCCUGAGCAGCCACAUAAUGUGCUUUUCCUCCUCACGAAUCUGGAUGCUGUAAGCCGGACUGAUUGCAAAUGAAGUGUAAUGCAUUGUGGGACGUGUGUAAAAUUGGAUCAUUCGAGGGGGAGAGGGAAAAAAAGCUCGGCCGGGCCGUGCCGCCCGCGCCCUAGAGCAGGCAGCGGCACCAUGGGCGCAGGCUGCGCCCCGGCGGCGCCGGCGCUGGGCUGACGGGAGCGCCGCGAGGCCCGGCCCGUGCUGCGCUGCUGCGGGGGGCACCGCUCGGGCAUCCUCAGCAUGAAGAAGACGCGGAGCACGACCUUGCGGCGGGCCUGGCCUAGCUCCGACUUCUCCGACCGGGCCUCCGACCGCAUGCGGUCCCGCAGCGAGAAGGACUACCGGCUGCACAAGCACUUCCCGCCGGCUUUCAUCUCGCAGGCGUCGCGGGGCUACAUGACAUCAGGUGAUGUAUCACCAAUCAGCAUGUCUCCCAUCAGUCAGUCACAGUUUAUUCCACUUGGGGAAAUCCUUUGCCUGGCCAUCUCAGCAAUGAACUCUGCCCGAAAACAAGUCACACAAGAAGCACUAAUGGAGCACCUAACAACCUGCUUCCCAGGGGUUCCAACACCCAGUCCAGAAAUCCUUCGACAUACCUUGAAUAUGCUUGUACGGGAGAGGAAAAUAUACCCAACUCCAGAUGGUUAUUUCAUUGUAACCCCGCAGACUUACUUUAUAACACCAUCUCUCAUAAGAACUAACAGUAAAUGGUACCAUUUGGAUGAGAGGAUACCUGACAGGUCUCAGUGUACCUCUCCACAACAAGGAACUAUCACUCCCUCCACCUCGGGAUGCGUCAGGGAUCGAACACUACCCAAAAACCACUGCGACUCCUGCCACUGUUGCAGAGAAGACAUGCACAGCAUGCAUGCGUCUACCCUACAGAGGAAGUCAGCAAAAGACUGUAAAGACUCAUAUUGUCCUCCUUCAUUAUGCCAGGUCCCACCCACUGAGAAAAGUAAAAGUACUGUCAAUUUUUCUUAUAAGGCAGAGACACUCACAAAGCCUAAAGAUGUAGAAAAGCAGACUAAGAAAUUUGGACUCAAAUUAUUCCGAUUAAGUUUUAAGAAGGACAAGACAAAACAGUUGGCGAAUUUCUCUGCCCAGUUUCCUCCAGAGGAGUGGCCGCUGAGAGAUGAGGACACCCCUACCACUAUACCUAGAGAGGUAGAAAUGGAGAUUAUCAGGCGCAUUAACCCAGAUUUAACUGUGGAAAAUGUCAUGAGGCACACUGCACUAAUGAAGAAACUUGAAGAAGAAAAAGCUCAACGAAGCAAAGCGGGAUCUUCAGCUCACCACAGUGGACGAAGUAAAAAAAGUAGGAAUCACAGAAAGUCUCAUGGGAAAUCGAGGUCACACAGCAAGACUCGGGUAUCCAAAGGAGAUCCAUCAGAUGGCUCUCAUUUGGAUAUACCUGCUGAAAGAGAGUAUGAUUUCUAUGAUCCCUUGACUCGAUCCCCACGGGAAGGCUGUUUCAUAAUAGAACACAAGGGAGAUAAUUUUAUAAUGCACAGCAACCCUAGCAUGAUUGAAUCUCACUUUCCCAUGACACCGGAAUGGGAUGUGUCUGGUGAGCUGGCCAAAAGAAGAACUGAAAUGCCUUUUCCUGAACCUUCCAGGGGAAGCUCCCACUCUAAGGUCCAUCGGAGCCACAGCCAUACACAGGAUAGACGGUCAAGGAAUGAGCGGUCUAGUAAGGCUAAAGAAAGGUCUAGAUCCAUGGACAACUCUAAGGGACCUCUGGGCUCAGCUACUUUAGGCACACCUGAAGACAUGGGUGAAGGCUGUAGCCCAGAUGACCAAACAACUAGCCAAACUUACAUUGAUGAUAGUACUUUAAGGCCAUCUCAGUCACUCAGUCAUCAAAGGGCUCUGAUUUCAUCUGCAAGCUACAAAGAGACUUGCAUCCCUGAAAUAGCUAGUGGCAGCAUAGAAACCCCCAGUUCCUGUAGUCUGUUGGAACAAAAGCCUACAGAGAAUUUGCCAUCGUAUAGUGAGCUCAACUCCUGCACAACAAAAUCUGCAGUUGAUGACUAUUUCCAGUGCAACACGUCCAGUGAGACUGUGCUUACUGCUCCAUCACCACUAGGAAAGAACAAAGAGGAUCAUGACACGCUGACAGGGACAGAUGGGCUCAAAAAAAUGACUCCCUCAGAAAGACAGUCUCAGCAUAUUGCCAGAGAGCCUGGGGUGCACAAAGAGGAGUCCCCAAAGGGCCCGAGCAGCGGUUCGGCGGUUGUUGGCCCUACUCCAGAAGUGAUUGCAAAUGGACGGCUGGUUCAACACCACAGUGCUGAAUCAAGCAGCCUUGAUAAAAGGAAAGAAAUAUUUAGCAAGGAUACACUCUUCAAGCCUCUGCACAACACUCUUUCUGUGAAUAGUUUCCAUAAGUCUAGCACACCCCUGCUAAAACCCCAUCAAAAGACCCCUUCAGACACGUUGCCAGUCAGAUGUGAGAAACUUGAACAAGCGAUAGUAACCUCAGUCACACAAGUCAUGCCUGUCUCACAGAGACAGCAAGAGACAGCUGGGAACCAGGAGGCCUCAUUCGACUACUACAACGUAUCAGAUGACGACGACUCAGAGGAGGGAACCAACAAAAACACCGAGGAAGAGAAGAACAGGGAUGAUGUUGGCACAAUGCAGUGGCUCCUGGAGAGGGAAAAGGAGAGAGAUCUGCAAAGAAAGUUUGAGAAGAAUCUCACUCUUCUCACCCCAAAAGAAACAGAAAAUAGCAACAACCAGAGAGCCACCCACUCGGCCCGCCUGGACAGCAUGGACAGCAGCAGCAUUACUGUGGACAGCGGGUUCAACUCUCCACGUACUCGGGAGAGCCUGGCAUCCAACACUUCAAGCAUUGUGGAAAGCAACAGACGUCAGAACCCUGCUCUGAGCCCAGCACAUGGCGGUGCGGGCCCAGCGUUCAGCUUCCGAGCCACCGCAGACCCGCCGACAAGCGAAGCUGAGAAACUGCAGAAACCAGCUAACUGCCUGCAAGCUUCUGUCACUAGUGUCUGAUAGUCAGCCUGCCUCAGAAUUUCUGUCUUAUCCCAUACAGCAAAGUUUACGACACUGGGACUGAUGUUUACAUCUUUGGAGAAAACAAAAAAAAAAAAAAAGCAUCUCAACCACAGUUUUAGUAUUUACUUAAACUGUGCUGCUAUGUAGACUAGGGGCAACGAAUAAAUCUUUCUUUCGAGGUAUUGCUUUUCACAUUUGCGGCUCUGUAGCAACAGAAUAGCAGUAGGGAUUAAUAUGUACACUUUUUGCUUCACUUAAUUGUAACUGAGCACAUAUAUGAAAGUCUAGACACUGUAAGUGUAAUCUGCAUUCUCAAUGUCCAUGCAGUUGCCAACUUCAUUUUAAAAAAAUGCCACAGAUGUGUGAUGCCCCUGGUCAGAAGCUAAACUCUGCUGCAGAGUUGGUUUCCUUCAAAAAUUGAGCCAGUGCUGAAAGUAACCAGCCAGGAUCACCGCGAGGAAAUACAAUGCCAAACAUGACGAGUGAUGACCUCGGCUCUGUCUGUGAAUUAUCAGUAAUGAUCAGUCAUUUUCACUGUGCGUUUCUGUGACACAAUUUUGCAAAUACCUGUUGAAGUGGAUAAGAAAAGGUUCUUUUUUAUGAGUGCGGAGCGUGAGGAGGGAGACAGCUUUCCCGUUUGUGUUUCAAAAGCCUGAGAGAUGUUUGUGUACUGAAGCUCGCUGCAUGACCUUCCACAGUCACAGAUGGGGAGGUAGGCCUUUGUGUAGAGGGGGGAAUGGGGAGGGAAGGGAAAGUUAUAACUGUCGUAGAGCCGCAGCGCGGAGUGACACAAAAUAUAGGAAAUAUCUUCACUUUACGUCAAGUAUUUUAAAAAGAUUUAAAAUCUGAUUCUCGUGUCACUUCUGGUAUUGCAACUCACCAUUAACGCAGGAACCAGAAAAAAUCUAAUUUCUUUGAACAAAAAUAUUCUUUAUGAUAUAAAUGACAAGUAUGGCCUGAAGAACUGAUUUCUUUCUAGUGGAAGGACAUAAAUCUAUUUUAUGUAGCUUAUUAAAUAGAGUGCCUAAAUUAGGCUAUUAAAAAUAGCAUACAGUGUAGUGAUUAUCAGAGAACAAAAUUUAGAGAAUUAUAAACUUCUGGCCUUUUUUAUUCAGUGGAUGUUAUUUGCAAUUUAGCAUUUUAUGGACAUGUUUAGUUUCUAGAAAUUAAAUGUGUCUGUAAGGCGGGCAGUAGAAAACUGAAUUCUGUAGGUAUGGUUUAUCCUAAUUGCUCUCCCCGAAACUGUUACUCCAGAGUAAUUCACACCAUGCUAAUUACUGCAGAGUAACUUCUAAGGAUAGUUGAACUUCAACAAUAAUUUUGAGGCGUAGGGUCACGUUCUGCUCUGUUCCUCAUGCAACCUGGUAGUGCAACAAACUGACUUCAGAAUGAAUUCUGUCUUUGUUUUCUGUCAGAACAGACAAAUUGGUGGAAGGAUAACAAAGAUGCUAAAAUGUUCAGCAGUCCAAACUGUUAAAUAGAAAAGGGAUAUUUCCACUGUCUAGCUCCUGUAGUACACAGGUAUUAAAACCAACUGUACAGAUUAAGAACCAGUAUUUUCAUCAGGUUCUGGUGACACGUAUUACUCUGUAUGCAAAGUCCUUUGAGCUUCACUCAUGUUCUAUAUUUUCAUCAGAAGUCUUCACUGAAGGUUCAGCCUUAUGUUACGCAGUUGGAUAUAAGUUCAUUUACUUACCAGCCAGCUUUCUAACUGGACACAAUCAGUUUCUAAUUCUGCCAGGAACAUCUCUAAUACCCAGUAAAUGCACGGGUCUGCUUUCCUUGCUUUCAGUGUACAAAUUCCAUUUCAUAGGAGCAAUAAGACCUUUUGGUGCACAUAAAGGAAAUUAUUGUGCUUUUGGUUGGUUAUCGAAGUCACUUGGCCUUUAGCCUUCUGCCUUAUCAUACCUUCCAAGAUGUGCUCUAAUGACCAUAUAGCGCUUUGCAUGACGCAUCUUACUAUUCAGUGUGUAACUCCAGCCGCGCUUACUCCAUGCAAACUGUAGAGUUGGAGUUUUUGUGGGGAGUUGUCAUGUACUAUGCAGUGGCCGACUGCGAUUUUGUUUUCUGAGACAAGCUCUGACAUCAGUAGUAUGUAUCCAUUCAGUAAAUAAAAAUGUCAAAACCUGAAAAAAAAAAAAAAAAAAAAAGAAGUAAUAACUACAACCAGUGAUCUGAAGCACUAAUGGCAGUAUUAGAAUGUGAAGAGCGCAAACAAAUUUCAUCUUUUGGAAAAGUGUUUGUCAUAAACUAAUCAGAACUUAUGCAGGCAGCUGGUUGUACAGAAGACAUAAUGCCAACAAAAUAUGACAGUACAUACCUACAAACUCUGUAGUAUGUAGUUUCCUAAUGUUCCCAGAGACCAGCAGACAACAUAAAUGUCAUAUUAAUGUUGACGUGGCAUUGUACCAAUAUUAAUGUGACUCUUGGAAUAUGGAAUGUAAACAGAAGUUUCAAAUAGAAACGUUCUAAUCUUGAA